AUCUUCAACCUCUCCUCAAAGAUAAGAAGACAAUCCCAUUUCCCCACCCUCCAUCCAGUCAUUCCUUUCUUGCCUUUUCCGUCCACAUCCUUCAAUUCCAUAAGAACCCCACAAUCCCAUUUUCUCCCUGUUGCUGCCCCUUAACGCACCCGAACACUCGUUCGCCGGCAAAAGGAAGACAGAAAAUGGCCUCCGCCACCGCACCCACCACCCUUUCUCUCCUCAAGACUACUGCUGCUUCUUCCUCUGCCACUCGCACCUCUGCGUCCCUCCUCCGCGUGCCCUCCGUGCGCGGCCAUAACCUGGUUCCCCUCCGCCACAGCAUCGGGUUUGCCUCCUCAGUUGGGGACAGUCUGCUCUACCGAAGUGUUUCUUCAAGGGUUCGAUCGGUCAGGGGAAAGGGAUCGAGGGGAGUGGUGUCGAUGGCGAAGAAGAGCGUUGGGGACUUGACUUCGGCCGAUUUGAAGGGGAAGAAGGUGUUUGUAAGGGUUGACUUGAACGUGCCAUUGGAUGAGAACCAGAACAUUACUGAUGAUACCAGGGUUCGUGCUGCCAUUCCUACCAUCAAGCAUUUGAUUCAGAAUGGAGCUAAAGUCAUUCUCUCCAGCCAUUUGGGACGACCAAAAGGUGUCACCCCAAAAUUCAGCCUGGCCCCCCUUGUUCCUCGGCUAUCUCAAUUACUUGGCAUCCAGGUUGUGAAAGCUGAUGACUGCAUUGGUCCAGAGGUAGAAAAAUUGGUUGCUUCACUUCCAGAUGGAGGUGUUCUUCUGCUGGAAAAUGUUAGGUUUUACAAGGAAGAGGAAAAGAAUGAACCUGAAUUUGCAAAGAAGCUUGCCUCCUUGGCAGAUCUCUAUGUCAAUGAUGCCUUUGGCACUGCUCACAGAGCCCAUGCUUCAACUGAGGGUGUUACGAAAUUCUUGAAACCAUCUGUUGCUGGUUUCCUAUUACAGAAGGAACUGGACUACCUCGUAGGUGCUGUGUCAAACCCAAAGAGGCCAUUUGCUGCAAUUGUGGGUGGUUCAAAAGUCUCUUCCAAAAUUGGUGUCAUCGAGUCACUCUUGGAGAAGUGUGACAUCCUACUUCUGGGUGGUGGUAUGAUUUUCACAUUUUACAAGGCACAAGGUCUUUCAGUUGGUUCAUCCCUUGUAGAGGGAGACAAGCUUGAUCUUGCAACAUCCCUUCUUGAGAAGGCCAAAGUAAAAGGAGUUUCUCUUUUGUUACCCACUGACGUGGUAAUUGCUGACAAGUUUGCUCCUGAUGCAAACAGCAAGAUUGUGCCAGCAUCUGGUAUUCCUGAUGGAUGGAUGGGAUUGGAUAUUGGACCAGAGUCUGUUAAGAUAUUCAAUGACACUUUGGAUACUACCAAAACCAUCAUCUGGAAUGGACCAAUGGGAGUGUUUGAGUUCGACAAGUUUGCUGUUGGAACAGAGUUGUACCUCUUCCUGCAGGCUGUUGCAAAGAAGCUUGCAGAUCUUAGCAGCAAGGGUGUGACAACAAUCAUUGGAGGUGGUGAUUCUGUUGCUGCAGUAGAAAAGGUAGGAGUUGCUAGCGUGAUGAGCCACAUUUCAACUGGUGGUGGUGCCAGUUUGGAGUUGUUGGAAGGAAAAGAACUUCCAGGUGUGCUCGCUCUUGAUGAGGCUACACCAGUUGCCGUGUAAGAUCAAUUUCAGCAAAUUUUCUCUCAUUCCCAUUGACAAUAUUUUCCUUGGUUUUUUGCAAUUGUGAACGAGAUGCCAUGGGAAGAUAUGAGUUCAUCUUGUAAAUUACACCUUCAGAUUCAGUCAGUAUAAGGUUGCAUUCUGCCUCCUCCUCUCUCUUCCCGCUAAACUUGUCAGAAGAGUGUAUGAAUGAGCAGACAGAACUGUGUGUUUCAAAUAAAUGAAUGAAAUUAAUGAGAUUUA